AAAACGGUUAGCGACGGCAGCUGGCACUCGUUGUCACUAAUGAUUUGGGGAGCACGAUUACAUGUCGAUGUGGACAGCUAUACAGUACUUUGGCUGGAAGGCAAUGCUGUCCGCAAUAUAGCCAAGCAGCUGGCUUAUUUUCAUCUGUCAACGGUCGGGUGCUACCGCUCUGCUACUAUCGCCUUCAGGUGUCUUCCAAAUCCUUGUGAAAAUGAUGCUGUUUGUGAGCAAAUAUCACUGGAUGACUUCAAAUGCCACUGCCCCGAUAGUUAUUAUGGAAAAAGAUGCCAUGCAACUCGCAGGUAUCGUUCAUGUGAAGCGUUUUUCCUGGGAAAUGCGCACAUCCGACGUAAAAAUAUAUCAAUUGAUUUGGACGGUGGCAAUCAUCUGGCGCCCCUUACCGUACAGUGUGAACAGAAGUUGGAUGAUCAUGAUGACGUAGGCAUCACGACCGCGCUAUUCCAUCAGUUCGGAAAAAGUGGCAUUAUGGUUACUGGAGACAAUGAACCGGGCUCUGUGAAGAAGUCACUGGAUUACGGUGUGAGCACAGAUCAACUGGAUCGCUUCAUUGAGGGAUUUGAAAGCUGCGAGCAGUAUAUGAGGUAUGAAUGCCGAGGUGGCGCAAAGUUAAUGAGCCAUGGCUAUGAGCGAAGACCGUCAUCGUGGUACAGCACGCGGAACGGGCAGCACGGGCUGCAGUGGGCCGACGCGCCACCAUAUUCGAGGAUGUGCUCCUGUGCUGCGAACUCAUCUUGCAUUCAUAAUAGAAUGUGUAACUGUGAUAGCGGUGAGGAUAGCGUUGACGAUGGAUACAAUCCUCACAUGCAGUUGUUACCAGUGAUGAAUUUAUUUCUCGGUGGCACAACAUCAACGUCCUCAAUAAAUGUUACCAUUGGUCCUCUUGUCUGCAUCCAUCGACAUGUAUUCGAUGGAAUAACAUUUCUGGACCGUGACGCUCGCUUAGUCGGUUCGCAGUCAUUUCUUAGUUCCGCUCUGGAUCUCGAGAUGUUGAUACGUAUGUCACAUUCUAAAAUGACAAUUUUUACAUGGGAGUCACUAAAUGGUCAACGCUGGUAUCAGCUCUAUGUUGCAGGUUAA